AGAUCGCGACCUAAUGUGAUGUCAUCAAAAGGGGAAACAGAGGCCGACUCUGGCACCGUGUCGCCAAAUUUGUCAGCUGUUAAGAAUGAACCGGCACCUACGGCAAGUAAAGAAACUCCUAAAAGGGGUAGUGGUACACUUUUAAAGUGUACCACAUGCAAUAGCUUUAGCACAUUGAGUAGUAGGGCUUUAACAACACACAUGGCACAGUGUUCUCCAGACAACAACAAUGUUGCAGCAACACAAAAUGCAGACGCAAGACCGCACAGAAAACUAUUUGAGUGUGAUGUUUGCAAUAUGAAAUUUUCAAAUGGCGCGAAUAUGCGUCGACAUAAAAUGCGACACACUGGGGUCAAACCAUAUGAGUGUCGCGUUUGCCAAAAAAGAUUUUUCAGAAAAGAUCACUUGGCAGAACACUUCACAACUCACACAAAAAGCUUGCCGUACCAUUGCCCAAUCUGUAACCGAGGAUUCCAGAGACAAAUUGCCAUGCGUGCACAUUUUCAAAACGAACAUGUUGGACAACAUGAUCUUGUUAAGACUUGCCCACUCUGUAGUUAUCGCGCGCAAACUAUGAAAAGCCUAAGAGUUCAUUUCUUUAACAGACACGGAAUUGACUUAGAUAAUCCAGGACCCGGAAACACCUCUGUAUCCCUUCUUGCUGCUGGCAUUGCCAAUGCUGCCUAUGCUGAUGGUACAAUGGAUCCAAGUGCAAUCACUGCAUUAAGUGCAUUAGGCUCAGGUCUAUCUGUGUCUGUUGCUGCUGCUUAUUCAGACAGUGGUGAUAGUAAUGGAGCACGCUCUGUGGACAACGCCACGCCCCCUAUGCACUACUUAACCCCACAUGUUGAAAUAUCUAUGGCUGAUAAUAAUGAAACUUUUUCACCAGGACAGACCAAUCAUCAAGAGUCACGUAUGAAUGGUGAAGGUCCAAGCUCACCACAAUCAGGCGAUAGUGCUGUAGCUACUAGUUCACUUUCUGCUGGACUUCCCACUAAUAUCACACCUUCUAUAACCCUUAUACCAAUUAAACAGGAACCAAAUAUGCAAGAAGAAUCCGGAUCGGCGGAGCGGGAUGGCGAAACGAACGGGAACGAUAAGCGCGAUGUCUCUUCAAGCCUGUCAUCAUUGAUCAAGGUAUCUCCGCUGAAGAGUCUCCUGCGCGAAGAUCUGCGCAGGCGCAUCUCCGCGAGAGGGCGCACGCGUGGUUCUAAUACGUCCAGAGCCUCUCCGUCCGAGGGAGGUGUAAUAACGUCCACACAUGGAGAUGCAGCUCUAUUGCCGUCUUCACUAGUUUGCACAUUUUGCUCUAUAACAUUCCCUGAUUCUACACUGUACUUCCUGCACAAGGGUUGUCACUGCGACUCUAAUCCAUGGAAGUGCAAUAUCUGCGGCGAGCAAUGCUGCAAUGUCUACGAGUUUAACUCCCACCUGCUGAGCAAGAGUCACCAAUGACUGUUUGCGGGGGGGUCGUUCCAUCACUGACUUUUGUUCUGUGCUGCACUUUCAUAUAAAUGUGCGCAUACGUAAGCACUUCGAAGAUACUUUACCUCACGAUUAGAUUUUAUAUCUUCUUUUUGUGGACUAUUUUUUUUUUCUUUUUCUUAUAUGCGAUAGGCACCUAUUAGGUGGAAGUGCUUCGAAUAUGCUAUAUGUUGAACGUCCCCCCGAAGCUGUUUUACUUAAAAGUGCAAAUUAUUUUGAAGGUUAUUUAGUGGUAAUUAUAGGUAAAUGAGCGAGGAUAUUUGUAUGGAUAUUUUAGUCAUAAAAAUUGUGUUGAAAUAAGAUUCAACAUUGGGUAUUAACAAUUUUGGGAUAAAUUUUCCCACUUUAUAUUUAUCAGCGUCCAGAAUUUAACAUUCCAAAUUGAAAUCUAUGCAUUCCAUUUUAUAAUGAGAUUGUUUUAAAAAAUAAAUAAGACAAUCUUUGGUGGGGAAGAAGUGAUACUUAAAUAGUAACGUCUUAUAA